AUGGCGGCUAACUCGGUCCAGCAGCUGCGCCUCCGUUAUGCCUCUGUGUUGAAAAACUUUGUGGCCUCUGCCCAGACGUUCGAUAUCCUCGAUACAGUGCCGCCACAGACUGGACAACAGCGAAAUGCUGCUCCUUCUCACUCCCUCUUCGUGCUGGACUCCUCCUUCAACCCCCCAACUGCCGCCCAUUUGAGCAUUGCAACCUCUGCUCUUGAAGAGUCCCGUCGGCCGUCGAGGCUGCUGCUGCUCCUGGCCACGCAGAAUGCCGACAAGCCGUCCAAACCAGCCUGGUUUGAAGACCGGCUGGUGAUGAUGACCAUGUUUGCCCAAGACUUGCGCACUCACCUGCAGUCGCGGCAGUCCGAACUCCCCGACAUUGACAUUGGCGUGACCAAAAAGCCCUACUUUGUCGACAAAGCAGCCGCAAUCGAGGAAUCCGGGCUCUACGCCAGAGACACCGAGCAAGUCCACCUGACAGGCUACGACACACUGAUUCGCAUUUUCAAUCCCAAAUACUACCCGCCGACGCACACCUUGCAGCCGCUCGAGCCAUUUCUGUCGCGCCACCGGCUCAGGGUGACAAUGCGUCCGGAUGAUGAAUGGGGCAAUCGCGAGGAACAAGAGGACUACCUGCGGCAGCUUGCCCAGGGUGGCCGAGAAGGUGACGGAGCAAAGCGCGAGUGGGCAGAUCGCAUCCAGCUUGUCCAGGGCAGAAAAGCUGGCGAGCUGCCAAUUAGUUCGACUAGGGCGAGGCAGGCCGCUCAAACCAAGGACCAACUUCUCACAACUCUCGUGCCAGAAAGCGUGGCUUCUUAUGUAGUCGAACAGAAUCUGUAUCAAGAGUGA